AUGGGCGAUGAGUGGUCAUCAGACGCCAACGAGGCCGUUUCUAUUGAGCUUGUAGAAGCUGACGCCAAUGCGCUACGAACUGUACACCGCUUCCACCCAAAGUUCACAUAUCCUAUCUUUGGAGAGGAAGAGCGAAUUUUUGGCUAUAAAGCUCUUGACAUUACAUUCCGGUUUGCGGCUCAUGAUCUGCGUCCGAACUGUGUUAUCUCCUACGAUCGCAAGUUUCCCGCCAUUGCAGAUACUGCUGCCCUUGAUAUCCGUGAUGCGUUGAAGGACUUCAUACCAGCCGCUGCCUUCGCAAAAGCCAACGACUUCGAGAAGACUGUCCAGAAUGACUCCUCUGCUCAAGAAUUUACUCCACCUGGCAAGCUCGUCAAAUCAUACUCGCGAAAGGGUAAAAAUUUUGAGAUCUGGUCUGGAUCAUUACUGGAUAGCCGAGUGCGGGAGACCAUCCAUCGGAUGCAGAUAUUCAUCUCGUUCUUUAUAGAGGCAGGCACACCUCUCAACACUACGGACGCUGACUGGACACUGGAUCGCUGGACCGUCUACUUCGUCUACGAGAAAAGCUCCCGGCCUUCACUUCCAACUCGAUCUCCCUACACUUUCAUCGGCUAUGCCACAACAUACCGAUUUUACACCUUCCGACCGCGGUAUCAAACGUCCACGGAGAGCGGCGGGGAUACUCAUGUCUCAGAUAUCGUUCUGCCGUCCAAAGAAGAGAUCACCGCAGCAGCCCUUCCGUCACGACUGCGUAUUUCUCAAUUCCUCAUCCUACCUCCUCAUCAGGCUUCUGGACAUGGUUCCGCUCUUUACAACUCAAUAUAUUCCUACGCACUCGCUGACAGCACGAUCCGCGAGCUCACAGUCGAAGAUCCAAGCGAGGAAUUUGAUAUGCUGCGUGACAUCAAUGAUUGGAAAGUACUUGAACCCAAGUUUGCUGCUACUGAUGUCAAAAUCAAUACAUCUCCGUCCGAUCCUUCGCAAAAACGCCGCUUAAGGCGGUUGCCCACCCCGAAGCUUCUUCCAAUUGAGACCUUGCGGUCAAUUCGCUCGGAAACAAAGAUAGCUCCGCGACAAUUCGCUCGUCAGCUUGAAAUGUAUCUUCUUUCACUGAUACCGUUCUCACACCGAGCCGCAGGCGGGGCUAAUCUCACCAAGCUGCUUAUCCAGAAAUCCAAGACGUCGAAUCCUCAUGAUAAAUUUUACUAUUGGUGGCGGUUGAUCCUUAAACAGCGCAUCUUUAAAAAGAAUAGAGAUGUUCUGCUUCAGCUGGAGGGGAAUGAGAGGCAGCAGAAGAUAGAUGAAGCUGCUCGAGCGCAAGAGGAUGAGUACGAGAAGCUUCUGCUCAUCUUCGCGACGUCGAAAGCUAAAGAGCUUCCGAAGAAUGGGAAUAGUGGAACGGCAGGCGAGGUGCUGGUGAAGGACCGAAAGAGGAAGCUGGUGCCUGAUGAGGAUGAGGAUGACGACCCAAAUUCACCGUCGCUCGAACCCGACGCGAAAGUAGCACGCAGCAACGGGAAAAUCCACGAUUCUGACCACUUUUAG